UCUCCAUGAUGACGCCAUGUUAACAUUUUUAACACAAAUUUUUCUAUGGCCACUGCCGAGUACUAACCGAGCUUGAGUUCCACAAUUCAUAAUCAUAAUUACUAAUUAGUUGAACCGCCGACCUGUGAAUGGUCUCCAGUAUGGGUUACAGCCGAAAUCCAAUAUCAUCAUCGAGAGAUCGUAGACGUGGGCGAGAUAGACGAAGUCGAAGUCCGAUACGACGGCGUGGUGGUGGCGGUAGAGGAGGUAGAGGUGAUCCAGGUUCUAACUUACGUAAACCUCGAUGGGAAACAAAAAAACUGGAACCAUUUAAAAAAGAUUUCUAUUUACCGCACGAAGCUGUCCAUAAUAGAUCAAAAUCAGAAAUAGAAAAAUACAGAGAAGAGAAAGAAAUAACAUUAGUUGGUGAAAAUAUUCCAAAACCAAUAUUUAAGUUUGAUGAAAGUGGCUUCCCUGAAAUAAUUAUCAAGGAAUUAAAAAAACAAGGUUUUGUUGAACCUACUGCAAUUCAAGCACAAGGAUGGCCAAUAGCUUUAUCUGGGAAUAACUUAGUUGGUAUUGCGUCUACUGGUUCUGGAAAAACAUUAUCGUAUAUUAUUCCUGCUUUAAUACAUAUUUCUCAUCAACGAAAAUUGUCACGUGGUGAUGGACCUAUUGUAUUAGUAUUGUCUCCAACCCGAGAAUUAGCCCAACAAAUACAAACGGUUUGUGAUGAUUUUGGUGAUGCAUUUGGAGUCAGUAGUACAUGUUUAUUUGGUGGUGCACCAAAAGGUGGUCAGGCAGCUGAUUUAAGUCGUGGAGUUGAAUUAGUUAUUGCUACACCAGGACGUUUAUUAGAUUUUCUUGAAAGUGAACGUACAAAUAUGUGUCGAUGUACUUACCUUGUUUUAGAUGAAGCUGACAGAAUGUUGGAUAUGGGGUUUGAACCGCAGAUUCGAAAAAUUAUUGAUCAAAUAAGACCAGAUAGACAAGUAUUAAUGUGGUCUGCAACAUGGCCCAAAGAAGUGAAGAAUUUGGCUGAAGAAUUUUUAGAUGAGUAUAUACAAAUAAAUAUUGGUUCCCUUACUUUGGCAGCUAACCAUAAUAUUCAACAAAUUGUUGAAGUCUGCCAGGAGUAUGAUAAAGAAACUAAGUUAAUAUCUCUACUAAAGAAAAUAAUGGAUGAAGAUGAAAACAAAACUAUUAUUUUCAUAGAAACUAAACGACGAGUGGAUGAAAUCACGAGAAAGAUUAAAAGACAUGGGUAUUCAGCUGUAUGUAUUCAUGGUGAUAAAUCACAAUAUGAGAGAGACAAUGUUUUAAAAGAUUUCAGAGAUAGUCGUUAUCCUAUUUUGGUUGCUACUGACGUGGCUGCUCGUGGACUUGAUGUGGAAGAUGUGAAGUUUGUAAUCAAUUUUGACUACCCAAAUAACUCUGAAGACUAUGUACAUCGCAUUGGUCGUACUGGCCGAUCUCACAAGACUGGUACAGCUUACACAUUCUUUACACAAUCAAAUGCCAAACAAGCUGCAGACUUGGUUUCAGUUCUCACAGAAGCCAAUCAGACUAUUAGUCCCAAACUGAAAGACAUAGCUGAUAGUUUUCGUUCUAAUGGAUUUUCAGGAAGAGGUGAUAGACGACGUGGAUGGAGGAGUGGUCGAUCAAAAAAAUCUAAGAGCCGUUCACGGAGCCGUGAUCGGUAUAGACGUAGAUCAAUUUCUAGAUCUAGGUCUAGAUCAUACUCUAGGUCAAGAAGCCGUAGUCGUUCACGAUCAUAUGAUAGACAUCGACGACAUAGGCGUAGCAGGAGCUCGGAUUAAUGAUGAUUAACGAACAAACAAUUAAUUUCAAUUUUGGUUGUUUUAUACUUAUGCAAUAUUUUUAUUUAUAUUUUGCAAUAGAUUUCCCAU